AUGUCUGAAGAGAAAAACCCAACUUUAACCAUCAAUGAUCUAAGAGAGAGUGAUGCAAACGCUUAUUGCUGUAUGAAGACUACAGACGAGCUGCAGGUAAAGGUGAUUCCUGCCACAGAGGGACAGACAGUAACACUGAUGUGCAGCAGCAGCUGUCCUCUGACUGAAAAGCCUGCAGCCUACAUCUGGUACAAGAACAGAGAGUUUCUCAAUGAGGACUGGUCUCCCUGGUACCAAGAGCUGCUCAGCAGUGAGGAAGCAGUCACAUACUCCUGUGCUGUCAAAGGCUACGAGGAUCUCAGAGCCCCUGAAGUCUCUGUGGGUUCCAUCACAGAGACAUGCUUCAGUGUGACCUAUGCUAAAGGGAGAAUGUGUUCUUACAGGCAGACAUCAGUAGAUGAGCCGUGCUCCAUCACAUAUCCCAGAGAGGUUCACAUAUUGAAGACUCAAGGGGGAAAAGCGGAGUCUGUCACACUGACCUGUAACACCAGCUGUACACUGACUGACCCUCAAACUGCCUACAUGUGGUACAGAAAUAGACAAAGUUAUAGAGAGAAUCAACAUUUAGUUGCUGAAUAUUGGCUUAAUUUUUGGAACUCUCGGGAAGCAAACAUCUUUUGUGCAGUCAAAAGCAACACCUAUCUUCAGUCUGCAGAAGUCUGUGUUCAGGAUAAAAACUGCUGGAGAGUGAAUUAUGUCAGCAGGAGAAUCUGUGCUCUGGAAGGAUCUUCAGUCAACAUCACAAGUGAAUACUCACAUCCUGAUAACAUGAAGCCAGAGUUUAAAUGUUGGAGUAAAAAAUGGAGAAAAGAUGAAGUGGAAGUUGAAGAGCUGAUUGAGGCUGCAGGUCGUGUGGAGUAUCAGGACAACAUGAAGAACCAACACAUCCUGACCAUCAACAACCUGAAGAAGAAUGACUCAGGAGGAUACACAUUCAGAUUCAACAAAGAUCAUGAAGGAUGGACACAGUCUGAUCUGCCUGGAGUCUUUUUGAUUGUCACAGAGCUGAGAGUGAAGAUGAGUCCUUCUGCAGUGGUGACAGAGGGUCAGAGAGUCACACUGACCUGCAGUACCAGCUGUCCUUUGACUGACAACACAAACUACAUUUGGUACUUGAACAGUCGACCUCUGACCCCGAGAGAGAACCAGAACAAACAUCUGAUCCUAGACCCAGUCAGCAGGGAGGAUGCAGGAAGCUACUCCUGUGCUGUGAAAAGCAACAAAGAUAUCAGCUCUGCUCCAAAGACUCUCACUGUCCAAAGUAUCACAGGAACAUGGACACCAGCAGCUGCAGGAGUUUCUGCAGCUCUGCUCCUUUUAAUACUUCUCACUGUCUGCUGGCGGAGGAGGUGA